CGGUAAGACCAAACAUUGUCUUUCAAGGUCAGGGGGAUGAUACCGUCAGAUGAAGGCCAGCUUUUUGGUUUAUACGGAUAUCUAAUCUUGGUCAUCUUCCUUGCCUUAGUAUGCAUAGUUCUGCAUCUGUUUCCAGACAUAAGGGCACGUCUGCCCUGGCAUAAUUCUAUUGAAGCAACCAAACACGCGAACGCUAAUACUGCUACAUUUAACACAUCCGAGAAUAUAGUUUCACAAUCAACAAAUGGAGUGCAAUUAAUUCAUUCGAAGAAAAAUCCCACUCUACGUAAACGUUCCAUUCGUAAGUUAACAACAACACUAUCAUCAACUGCAAAAUCAUUAUCACCGUCAUCAUCUUCAACAAAAUUAUCAGAUAAAUCUUCUUCCUUUUCUUCAUCUGUAAACUCCUUUAAUUCUAUUGAAUGUUGUCAGAAAUUAGAUGCAAUUUUAAAUGAUGUCCAAAAUGAAUGUGUUCACGAUACUAAUUUACGUUCGGUUAAACAAAAACCAGUUGCUAAUGAACUGAUGAUGACGAAUAAGAGCAUUGUUUCGAAAGACACAGACACUAUCACUUCUACGAUUCAUGAAGUAGUGAAGACAUCCAAUAGUAGUGGUAACAGUACCAUUGCUAAAUCAUUGAAAACAAAGAAAUCAAAUCCUAUACAUCAUGAGUCGUGUAAAGCAGUAGUUGAAUCGUUAUCAUCAUUGACGUCUUCAUCUACUGUUCCUGAACCACUGAAUAACUCAUAUAUAUCUACUCCUGUUCCUGAUACAUCUGUUACGCCACAAUCAUUAGAUACUACCGGGAAUGAUGAUGGUGAGUGGUUAUGUGCAAAUAUGAAAACAGUUAGACGUCGUCGACGCAAUAAUAAUAACAAAGACAUUAAACAAUUGACGAGUACAGAUAAUAAUGAUAAUGCUCAUGUUGAUGACACCAAAUUAGAAAGACACGUUCUACAACAACAACCAAUUGAGUUAUCAUCCUUAAUAGUCGCAGAAGAAAAUAGUCAAAAUAAGUCCAACUCUACACAUGACAUUAGUAGCAAUGAUCAACGGUAUUUAAUAACCAGUCAAGAUAUUAUUAAUUCUAAAACUAAUAGAAAUUUGGAACCUGAUUCUAGUCAUCAAUCUGUAUUGGAAUGUUGCAAAAAUACAUCUUCAAUGAUAGAAAAUGUCAAUUCUUCAUUGAGGAAACAUUCAUUAAUGGAUCAGUCUGUUUCUAGCACUACUACUAAUACUACUGCUACUACUACUAGUAGUGGUAAUGAUGCAUCUCUUGGUGUUCUUCAUUCUAAUUCUGCCAGUACAUCAAAACGUAAACGUCGUAAUAUUCCACGUAAAAAAUCUACUGAUGAAAUUAUUAUUAAUAAUGACAACAUAGAAUCUUAUAGUAUAUUAUCUAAUGAAAAUCAAUUUGAUGAUAAUAAUCUAAUGUUAUCAGGUACUACAGCAACAACAACAACUACUACUACUCCUACUCCUAUUAAUUCAUCAAUGAAACGAAAUUUAGAUAAACAAAAUGACGAUGAUGAAAGUGGCUUUGAAUUAAUUGAACUUUCAAAUACAUCCUCAUCAGUGUCGUCAGCUGUUGAAUCUGAUGAAUUAGAAAUGCAUUCAUCAUUAAUAACUACUAGUAGUACUAAUACUACUGUUGUUGAAAAGUCAUUAUUACCUCAAGCAUCAAUAUCACCACCUGAUCUGUUAUCACAUUUUCCACCAUUAAUUAAAGCAGAUAAUGGUGAUCCAAUUUCUGUAACAAUGGAAGUAGAACUCCUUGAAAGUGGAAGACAUCCACAAGCGAAUAAAUUACUAAAAUUAGCCUUAAGUAGUAGUAAUAAUAAUAAUAAUAAUAAUAAUAGUAAUAGUCAAACUAGUAAUCAACAGGAACAGUUAACUGAUGAUCUUGUCGGUGGGACUUGUAGUAUUAGUAGUCGUAAUAGUAAUAAUAAUGAUAGUAAUAAAGUUACUACGAAGCGUUCAAAAGUGAGAAAAGCUGAUUAAAUGAUAAGAAUAUGAUUUUCAUGUACUAUUCAACUACUCUCUUCUCCCUCUUUCUCUCCCUCUCUUUCUACUGAUAUAUGUCUUUAUUCUCUCUUUCUCUUGUUUUCUUUUCUCAUCUCAUCUAUAAACUUAUAUCAGAUUAUAUUUAUUGGUUUCUUACAUUACCUCCUAUCAUUGUAUUAUCCAAUUGAAUCAGAACAAUCUAUUUGUCACUGAUCAUCAUUAUGCUGAUUAUGUUUAAUAAUCUUUUUUGUUGGGAUAAAAUGUCCGUUUAUUCUCAUUUUUUGUUUCCCCUUCUCCCUCUCUCUCUCUCUCUGAAACAAAUAAUAGUAGAAAAAAUAGGGAUGAAGUAACUCAUCCCAUUUUCUCAGUUUUACCCCCCCUAUUUUUCUCUUCUUAUUCUUUGAGUUUUUGUGUUUAUGUUUUUCCACGUCUAUUCUUCCUGAAUAUAUAUUGUGUGUAAACAUGUUUUUGUAAAAAAAGAAAAUCAACAAUAGACGGAUACUCUUUAUCAUUAUUUCUUUCCUGGUAUAGAUUGUGUCAUAUUCCAUGGUCUAUGUUGUUUCCACUUUGUUUUUCUUAAACUAUUAUAUUUCAGAAAUACUGUCGUUGUUGAUGAUAUGAAUCUAUGUGUAUGUGAUAUUUUGGAGUCUCCCCUUUCCAGUGUGUUUAUCGCUGCUUGUUUUCACAUAUUUUUUUUGAUGAUCCUGAUGAUGAUUUGUCGACCUCUGUCUAUUGUCUUCUUAGUGUUUCUUUUGUUGUUGUUGAUUGUUUUCCCACUGUUCAUUUAUGACUUUUUUCCCCUUUUAUAUUAAAUGUUGAAACUUUACAGCAAUAUCACUUUCUUAUUUUAUCACCACUAAAUUGUUUGUUCUAUUGGCCUCAUAUUUUUUUUUAGCGCCAAAUAAUACUGUGAUAUUUACAUAAUUAAUAUGCAUCUUAUUAUAUUCUAUUUCGGGAUAAACAAAUAUUGUUCACUAUUUUUUAAUUGGUUAACUGAAUGUGUGUCAAGGUCAAGUAGACAAGGGCGCGUAUUUUUCUUGUUACUCUUUUUUGAUUGGUUAGCUGAUUGUAUGCAUUAGUUAUAUCUGUCUGUUAAUUUGUCCAUGAUAUACUUCCCAAGGUCAAACCUGAUUUUCAUGCAUUUUGCUGAUUUCUUAUUGGUUGGUUAAUCUUUUAUAAAACAUGUAUGUUAGUAGUGCAAACAGUUUAUUUAUUUUUAAAAAAAAACAUUUAUUGUCUUCUUCAUACUUCCGCCAUUGAUGUGUGAUUGACUAGAGAGAGAGAGAGAGCAAUUGGGAGAUUUGAUUUGUUUACACAGUACAAAAUAGUGUGGAUACAAAAAGAGUAAUAAUAAAAAUAAUGAUGGUGGGGGCUGUUGUUGUUGUUGUUAUGCCUUGAGUAUUAUCAAAGAGAGAGUAACAAACAAACUUCACGCCCUAAUAAUUAGUCAAACAGCUUCUAUAGUCAUUUGUGAAAAACAAUUAAUAUUAUUUAUUUACUUAAUUUUUGACGUAAUUAACUUAUUAUUAUUUAUGUCUAUAUAUUACAAUAUUUCAAUGAUGAUCCCUUUCUCUCCCUCCACCCCUAACUUUGAUCGGCCUAAUUUUCUGCAAUCUGUUUUCUUGUUGUUGUCUCAGUUUAUUGAUUAAUUAGUUAUUUUUAUUAAAUAUAUAUAUAUAUAUAUAUAUAUAUUGAUCGAUUGAUUUGUUUAUUUUGUUCAUGUGUGUGUGUGUGUUUACGUCUGUGCAUUUGAAGUGGGAUAAUAAUAAUAAUAAAAAGAUUCUUGAAAAUAAAAUGAUUUAAAUGCCUCGUUCUUAUUUUUGUGUUUUCUUGUGUGUGUUUUUUUACACCACUUGUCUUGGAGCUGAAUAGCUUAUUGAAUGAAUGGGGAAGUAUUUAAUGAAAUUAGUCAGUUUUGUUGUUGUUGUUGAGUAUCAGUCAGUAACAACGUAGAACUUUGUACGGACGUACAUCAGUUCGAGUUGCCAUACCACAUUAGCACAGAGAUGCAGUUGCCGAUUCAAAUCCCGUAGUGGUAGAUGUAGUCAAAGCAUAAGCAGUAAUUGGAAAGAUUAGGGUAUGAAGAUGUUAUUCAACGAGUAUAAUCCAGUGAAAUAAAUUUGGAAAGAGACAAAAAGAAAGGGACAUGAACAAUUCAGAAGAUUAGAAUUUAUGAAAACACAAAGAGUGGAUGCACUUGCGCCAUUGCAAACGAUUUUGAGCCAUGUCAUUCAAGGUCUCUAAUCAUCGGUUGCUAUCACCUCGAGGAUCCCAACCAGGUAGUCUACACUUACUAACAUGGUUCAGUCCACUUGUCAGUGAGUGACUUCAUGGAUUUGUGCCAUGUUUUGGUCUGGCCACCCCUAGCUUUCUUCCAACCUACUCCUACACCAUGAAACAUUUCAUGUCGAAGCAGUCGGUGAUUGGGCAUACGUGACACAUGUUCCAGCCAUCUCAACUGAUGAAGUUGUUGAGUAUAUCAAUUUCUAAAUAGUAGCUAUGUAAUAUUAAUAACCUGGUAAGACUAUAAUUUAUGAUUGACUUUUCAGUGACUCUAAACUGACCUUGAGAGUGUUCACCUGAUAACUAAAAUCAAAUGCGGGUUAUAAAAGUGUGUGAUGAAUUAGAAUUAUAAUUUACAAUUGAUUAGAUUUAAGUUUUUCAUCACGAACUGACAUUAGCUAUAAUGCCAAGAUUCUAUUUAACCAAAUGAAUGAGUGAAUAUCGUGUCAAAAUUUGAGACCUGUUUUUUACGUGAUCGGUUCUUCUAUAAACUAUAGUCUCGCUAAUAACACUUAUACACACAUACUAUAAGAAUGCUUAAAAUUUGAGCAAAAAAGUUUAUAAUCAGAGAGUGGUCUUGUGGAUAUUACAGUAAUUUAGUAGUUGAAUGUAUGAGUCAGUUGAUUGGUUUAAGUUAAACAUUAAAAUCGUUGGAUACCGGCUCAGUGAUUCCCAUUCCUGAUGAGUCCGCACGUGAGACUGAUAGGUCCUGGGUUCGAGUCUCGUGAGGCGAGGUCGUAGAUGCACACUGCUGAGGAGUCUCAUACUAGAAUGAAACGGACAUCUGGUGCUCCCAGGUUUCCCAUAGUGAUCUAGCUUCGAUCGACUCAUGAAUUCACCUAUGAAAAUUACUAUAAUAAUCACAAAAUCUCUCUCUAAUUAUAAUUAUAAUUAUUUAGUUAAAAGUUUUUCAUCCAACCUAUCAAAGAUCAUUUUUAUCUUACCGUUACAAUUGUAGGUUAAAUGACAUAACAUUGAGUAAUGGGAAGAGAGAGGAUUAAUAAUAAUCAAAGUAAUUAUUCAAAAAUCAAGUAGUUGCUACAUUGCAUAAUAUAUCUAAAAAAGAGAAGAAGGAACUAACAUAAUAUUUUGAUGAAUGGUCAGUAGUAUAAUAGUAAUGUAAGAAUCAAGAGACGAAUGUUGGAAAUAAGUAAAAUACGAAAGUUUUAUUUUAUUUUAACACAUAGAUAUUGCUACAAGGAGGCACUAAAUACACAUGCGCCAUACAGAUCUCAUUUGAUAUGUUUGAGGGAUGUGAUACUGCCCGGAUGCCCAAACCGAAGCAAGUGGUUUUCUUAGGGGGUCACUUCCUGAGCCUUCGAUCUGAAGGUCUGAUCCGCAAGACAGUAGAGCAUCGUAAGGAGAUGUAGUCCCAUGGUAGCCGGUGACAAACGAUUGGUUCAUACGCCAUUUGUUCCCGCAGGAUACUGGAAUGAGGGUUUUUCAACUCCCCUAGGUUCACUCUCUAUAUCCACCAACCCGGUUAAAGCAUCGGACAUUCGCUUUUUCGUCCUCGCAAUUCCCUAAACAACACCCCCAAUGAGAGAAGGCAGUGAGCAGGACUUCCCUGGCAGAGGCUAUAUACGCGUGGCUAUAUGAGAGCAUUUCGAGAGGGAGAGCGGACUCUUCCUACUCUCGGCCGUACCAUGGCAUUUUGGGGCAAAGUUCUGCUACAAACUCACUCGUUUACCGAUGGCGAAGGUGGUGAGAGUGGUUGUACAAAUUUCUUUUAGAUGCAAAGGUUUGGUUUGUGAACUUGGAUUCUAAUGGCUUCAGCAAUGUGCAAAAGACGAUUUCAUAAACCAUACGGCAAAUUCGAUGAAAUAUGGUGGUUAACUUUAAAAGCUUUAUUCAAUUCAACUUGAUGAUCUAUGUCCACUAAGUUAGCGAGAAUAGAACUAUUAACCAUUCUUACCUGUCCGAUGUUUUACUCGAGUACAAAAUUAAAUGUUUAUUGACUUGUAUUAUCAAAAACAUGACUUUACAUUGUGAGUAGUCACAAUCUACAAAAAGAAUAAGUUGAAACGAGAAUAAAUAGGAUGAAUAGUGUGCAAGAGGCUCAAUUAAAAGUAAGAUGAACUUGACAAACCAUCAGCAAUACGUCGUUUUUCGAUUGCCUAUAUUAUGGAAGGAUAUAUAUAUAUAUAUAUAUAUAUAUAUAUAUAGAAUUAGUUAGUGAAGAUUAUAUCAGCCUGAAGGUGUGACCUCAAAGCACAGGAAAAAAACAGUUGCUUGAUGCCGAUUACACAUGGGCACCACCGAUAGCUGUGUCUAAAUUUGAUAACAGUUUAUGAGCAACCGAAACUCGAACCAAGAGCAAAACAAUAUGGAAACUGUUGCGUUUAAACAAAUGCACAAAACUGUGGAUAAC